AUGGAUGAACGAUCACCAUCGCAAAAAAGACGAAUUACUGACGAAUCAAAUAAUGAAUUAACUGAUCGCCUAUCAGAACAAUCAUACGAUGCCCAGAUUUCGGAUCCAAGUGACUCAUCCGAUGAUGAAUAUCAAAUGGAUAUUGAUGACGAAGAAUUAAGUUUUAAAGACAAACUUUUGGUAACCGACAUUGGUGAUCUUGCUGAAAUGUGCAAGUCGAAAUGUGACACAAAAUAUCUUAGUACUUUGCUUUAUAUGUCGUUACGUUUCUUGAACAUUAAGCGGGAACAUGUUGAUGACUAUUUGAAGAGUAUUGGUUUUAUGACCGCGGAAACUUCUCAUAAAUGGGCGACAGUGUUUAUUAAAGGAGAUUAUGAAGAAUUUUCAAAUGAUUUACGUGGUGGUAAACAAACUGAUUCAUUUUAUGAUACGUUUCCCGAGAUUGAAGCAGAUGCAAAAGUCAGUGCAAUCACAUCGUAG